UCAAGUCCCGCGGAGCUCCGCCUGGUCAUGGGCUCUUCUUGGAUACCUGCUGGCCCAAGGGGCCUGAGGACAUUCCUUCAGCUCAGAGGCAGAAAUGGAGGCCCGAGACCUUGGGGGCAUUACACCUGACAGAAUCCUGGCAAACUGACUGCAGAGUUCAGCAGGGAGAUGUUGAAGUUCAAGUAUGGAGUGCGUAGCCCUCAGGACGCGAGUGCGCCUGAACCCAUUGCCAGCCGAGCCUCCAGGCUGAAUCUUUUCUUCCAGGGGAAACCACCCUUUGUGACUCAACAGCAGAUGUCUACUCUUUCCCGAGAAGGGGUAUUAGAUGCCCUCUUUGUUCUCUUUGAAGAAUGCAGCCAGCCGGCUCUGAUGAAGAUGAAGCACGUGAGCAACUUUGUCCGGAAGUUCUCCGACAUCAUAAACGAGUUGCAGGCACUCCAGCCCUCGGUCAAGGACUUUGAAGUCAGAAGUCUCGUAGGCUGUGGCCACUUUGCUGAUGUGCAGGUGGUCCGAGAGAAAGCCAGUGGGAACAUCUAUGCCAUGAAGGUGAUGAAGAAGAAGACCUUGAUGGCCCAGGAGCAGGUUUCCUUCUUUGAGGAAGAACGUAGCAUACUGUCUCGGAGCAUGAGUCCCUGGAUCCCCCAAUUGCAGUAUGCCUUUCAAGACAAAGAUAACCUCUAUCUGGUCAUGGAAUACCAGCCCGGAGGGGACUUGCUGUCACUCUUGAACAGAUAUGAGGAUCAAUUAGAUGAAUAUAUGAUUCAGUUUUACCUAGCUGAACUGAUUUUGGCUGUUCACAGUGUUCAUCAGAUGGGAUAUGUACAUCGAGACAUCAAGCCUGAGAAUAUUCUUAUUGACCGGACAGGUCAUAUUAAAUUGGUGGAUUUUGGAUCAGCUGCUAAAAUGAACUCCAAUAAAAUGGUGAAUGCUAAACUCCCAAUUGGGACCCCCGAUUACAUGGCCCCAGAGGUGCUGACCGUGAUGAAUGGAGACGGGAAAGGAGUCUAUGGCCCGGAGUGCGACUGGUGGUCUGUGGGAGUGAUUGCCUACGAGAUGAUUUAUGGGCGAACCCCAUUCACUGAGGGGACCUCGGCCAGAACGUUCAGUAACAUCAUGAAUUUCCAGCGAUUUUUGAAGUUUCCGGACGACCCCAAAGUUAGCAAUGAAUGUCUUGAUCUGCUUCAAAGUUUAUUGUGUGGGCAGAAAGAAAGACUGAAUUUCGAGGACCUUUGUUGCCAUUCUUUCUUUGCGAAAAUUGACUGGAAGAACAUUCGUAACUCUCCUCCCCCCUUCGUUCCCACCCUCAAGUCUGAUGAUGACACCUCCAAUUUUGAUGAACCAGAGAAGAAUUCGGGGAUUUCAUCCUCUCUGUGCCAGCUGAACCCCUCAGGUUUCUCCGGCGAAGAGCUACCAUUUGUGGGGUUUUCGUAUAGCAAGGCACUGGAGAUUCUUGGUAGAUCUGAGUCUGUUGUGUCGGGUCUGGACUCCCCUGCCAAGACUAGCUCCAUGGAAAAGAAACUUCUCAUCAAAAGCAAAGAGCUGCAAGAUUCUCAGGACAAGUGUCACAAGAUGGAGCAGGAAAUGACCCGGUUACAUCGGAGAGUGUCUGAGGUGGAGGCUGUGCUUAGUCAGAAGGAGGUGGAGCUGAAGGCCUCUGAGACUCAGAGAUCCCUCCUGGAGCAGGACCUUGCUACCUACAUCACAGAAUGCAGUAGUUUAAAGCGAAGUUUGGAGCAAGCUCGGAUGGAGGUGUCCCAGGAGGAUGACAAAGCGCUGCAGCUUCUCCACGACAUCAGAGAACAGAGUCGGAAGCUCCAGGAAAUCAAAGAGCAGGAGUACCAGGCUCAAGUGGAAGAAAUGAGGUUGAUGAUGAACCAGUUGGAAGAAGAUCUUGUCUCGGCAAGAAGACGGAGUGAUCUCUAUGAGUCCGAGCUGAGAGAGUCUCGGCUCGCCGCUGAAGAGUUCAAGCGGAAGGUGACAGAGAGUCAGCACAAACUGAUGAAGGCUAAGGACCCAGGGAAGCCUGAAGUGGGAGAAUAUGCCAAAUUGGAGAAGACCAAUGCUGAGCAGCAGCUCAAAAUCCAGGAGCUCCAAGAGAAACUGGAAAAGGCUGUCAAAGCCAGCACGGAGGCCACCGAGCUGCUCCAGAACAUUCGUCAGGCAAAGGAGCGAGCCGAGCGGGAGCUGGAGAAGCUGCAGAGCCGAGAGGACUCCUCCGAGGGCAUCAAAAAGAAGCUGGUAGAAGCCGAGGAACGCCGCCAUUCUCUGGAGAACAAGGUAAAGAGGCUAGAGACCAUGGAGCGUAGAGAAAACAGACUGAAGGAUGACAUCCAGACAAAAUCCCAACAGAUCCAGCAGAUGGCUGAUAAAAUUCUGGAAUUGGAGGAGAAGCACCGGGAGGCCCAAGUCUCUGCCCAACACCUCGAAGUGCACCUGAAACAGAAAGAGCAGCACUAUGAGGAGAAAAUUAAAGUGUUGGACGGCCAGAUCAAGAAAGACCUGGCCGAUAGGGAGAGCCUGGAGAAUCUGAUGCAGAGGCACGAGGAGGAAGCCCACGAGAAAGGCAAGAUUCUCAGUGACCAGAAGGCGAUGAUCAAUGCUAUGGAUUCCAAGAUCAGAUCCCUGGAACAGAGGAUUGUGGAAUUGUCCGAAGCUAAUAAGCUGGCAGCAAAUAGCAGUCUUUUUACUCAGAGGAACAUGAAGGCUCAGGAAGAGAUGAUUUCAGAGCUCAGGCAGCAGAAGUUUUACCUGGAGACACAGGCCGGGAAGUUGGAGGCCCAGAACCGGAAGCUAGAGGAGCAGCUGGAGAAAAUCAGCCACCAGGAUCACAGCGACAAGAACCGGCUGCUGGAGCUGGAGACAAGGCUGAGGGAGGUCAGUCUGGAGCACGAGGAGCAGAAGCUGGAGCUCAAGCGCCAGCUCACAGAGCUGCAACUCUCCCUUCAAGAGCGCGAGUCCCAGCUCACGGCCCUCCAGGCUGCCCGGGCGGCCCUGGAGAGUCAGCUCCGCCAAGCCAAGACGGAGCUGGAGGAAACGACAGCAGAAGCAGAAGAGGAGAUCCAGGCACUCACGGCUCACCGAGAUGAAAUCCAGCGCAAAUUCGACGCUCUCCGUGACAGCUGUACUGUCAUCACCGACCUGGAAGAGCAGCUGAAUCAACUGACGGAAGACAACGCUGAACUCAACAACCAAAACUUCUACUUGUCCAAACAACUGGACGAAGCUUCUGGUGCCAGCGAUGAGAUAGUGCAGCUGCGGAGCGAAGUGGACCAUCUCCGCCGGGAAAUCACCGAGCGGGAGAUGCAGCUCACUAGCCAGAAGCAAACGAUGGAGGCUUUGAAGACCACAUGCACGAUGCUGGAAGAGCAGGUCAUGGACCUGGAGGUCCUGAACGACGAGCUGCUGGAGAAGGAGCGGCAGUGGGAGGCCUGGCGGAGCGUCCUCGGGGAUGAGAAGUCUCAGUUUGAGUGUCGCGUGCGAGAGUUACAGAGGAUGCUGGACACUGAGAAGCAGAGCAGGGCGAGGGCCGACCAGCGGAUCACCGAGUCUCGCCAGGUGGUGGAGCUGGCAGUGAAGGAACACAAGGCUGAGAUCCUGGCGCUGCAGCAGGCACUAAAGGAGCAGAAACUGAAAGCAGAGAGCCUCUCCGACAAGCUCAACGACCUGGAGAAGAAGCACGCGAUGCUCGAGAUGAACGCCCGCAGCUUGCAGCAGAAGCUGGAGACGGAGCGGGAGCUCAAGCAAAGGCUCCUGGAAGAGCAAGCCAAACUGCAGCAGCAGAUGGACCUGCAAAAGAAUCACAUUUUCCGCCUCACUCAAGGAUUGCAGGAGGCUCUUGAUCGGGCUGACCUGCUGAAGACAGAGAGGAGUGACCUGGAGUAUCAACUGGAAAACAUCCAGGUUCUCUAUUCCCACGAAAAAGUGAAAAUGGAAGGCACUAUUUCUCAACAAACCAAGCUCAUCGACUUUCUGCAAGCCAAAAUGGACCAACCGGCUAAAAAGAAAAAGGGUUUAUUUAGUCGACGGAAAGAGGACCCUGCUUUACCCACACAGGUUCCUCUGCAGUACAACGAGCUGAAGGUGGCCCUGGAGAAGGAGAAGGCUCGCUGUGCUGAGCUUGAGGAAGCCCUCCAGAAGACCCGCAUCGAGCUCCGGUCGGCCCGGGAGGAAGCUGCCCACCGAAAAGCCACUGACCACCCGCACCCAUCCACGCCAGCGACCGCCAGGCAGCAGAUUGCAAUGUCUGCCAUUGUGCGGUCCCCCGAGCACCAGCCCAGUGCCAUGAGCCUGCUCGCCCCACCCUCCAGCCGCAGAAAAGAGUCUUCAACUCCAGAAGAAUUCAGUCGGCGUCUGAAGGAGCGCAUGCACCACAACAUCCCUCACCGCUUCAACGUCGGGCUGAACAUGCGAGCCACCAAGUGCGCCGUGUGUCUGGAUACCGUGCACUUCGGACGCCAGGCAUCCAAAUGUCUCGAGUGCCAGGUGAUGUGUCACCCCAAGUGCUCCACGUGCUUGCCUGCCACCUGCGGCCUGCCUGCUGAGUAUGCCACACACUUCACUGAGGCCUUCUGCCGGGACAAGAUGAAUUCUCCGGGGCUCCAGACCAAGGAGCCCAGCAGCAGCCUGCACCUGGAGGGCUGGAUGAAGGUGCCCAGGAAUAAUAAGCGAGGACAGCAAGGCUGGGACAGAAAGUACAUUGUCCUGGAGGGAUCCAAAGUCCUAAUUUAUGACAACGAAGCCCGAGAAGCUGGACAGAGGCCGGUGGAAGACUUUGAGCUGUGCCUUCCCGACGGGGACGUGUCUAUUCAUGGUGCCGUUGGUGCUUCUGAACUCGCAAAUACAGCCAAAGCAGAUGUCCCGUACAUACUGAAGAUGGAGUCCCACCCACACACCACCUGCUGGCCCGGGAGAACCCUCUACUUGCUAGCUCCCAGCUUCCCUGACAAGCAGCGCUGGGUCACUGCCUUGGAAUCAGUGGUGGCAGGUGGGAGAGUGUCUAGGGAGAAAGCAGAGGCCGAUGCGGCCCGGGGCUGUGUUUCCGCCGAGCUGCUGCUUGCAUGGGUUCAGAAAUUACUUGGAAAUUCACUGCUAAAGUUGGAGGGUGAUGACCGGCUUGACAUGAACUGCACGCUGCCCUUCAGCGACCAGGUGGUGUUGGUGGGGACUGAGGAAGGACUGUAUGCACUGAAUGUCUUGAAAAACUCCCUGACCCAUGUCCCAGGCAUUGGAGCUGUCUUCCAGAUUUACAUCAUCAAGGACCUGGAGAAGCUCCUCAUGAUAGCAGGGGAAGAACGGGCUCUGUGUCUUGUGGAUGUGAAGAAAGUGAAGCAGUCUCUGGCACAGGCGCACCUUCCCGCCCAGCCAGACAUCUCGCCCAGCGUUUUUGAAGCCGUCAAGGGCUGCCACUUGUUCGCUGCUGGCAAGAUUGAGAAUGGACUCUGCAUCUGUGCAGCCAUGCCCAGCAAAGUGGUCAUACUCCGUUACAACGAGAACCUCAGCAAGUAUUGCAUCCGGAAGGAAAUCGAGACCUCAGAGCCCUGCAGCUGUAUCCACUUCACCAAUUACAGUAUCCUCAUCGGAACCAAUAAAUUCUACGAAAUUGACAUGAAGCAGUACACGCUCGAGGAAUUUCUGGAUAAGAACGACCAUUCCUUGGCGCCGGCUGUGUUUGCCUCCUCUUCCCACAGCUUCCCCGUGUCCAUGGUGCAGGUGAACGGUGCGGGCCAGCGGGAGGAGUACCUGCUCUGCUUCCACGAAUUUGGGGUGUUCGUGGAUUCUUACGGAAGACGCAGCCGCACCGACGAUCUCAAGUGGAGUCGCUUGCCUUUGGCCUUUGCCUACAGAGAACCAUACCUGUUUGUGACUCACUUCAACUCGCUCGAAGUCAUUGAGAUCCAGGCACGGUCCUCUCUGGGGACCCCUGCCCGAGCGUAUCUGGAAAUCCCAAACCCACGCUACCUGGGCCCUGCAAUUUCGUCGGGAGCGAUUUACCUGGCUUCCUCCUACCAGGAUAAACUCCGGAUCAUCUGCUGCAAGGGGAACCUUGUGAAGGAGUCUAGCACCGACCACCACCGGGUCCCCUCCACCUCCCGCAGCCCCAACAAGCGAGGCCCUCCAACGUACAAUGAGCACAUCACCAAGCGCGUGGCCUCCAGCCCGGCACCACCCGAAGGCCCCAGCCACCCCCGAGAGCCAAGCACACCCCACCGCUACCGGGAGGGGCGGACAGAGCUGCGCAGGGACAAGUCCCCAGGCCGCCCUCUGGAGCGAGAGAAGUCCCCAGGCCGGAUGCUCAGCACUCGGAGAGAACGGUCCCCUGGGAGGCUGUUUGAAGAGAGCAGCCGGGGCCGGCUGCCCGUGGGGGCCGUGAGGACCCCCCUGUCCCAGGUCAAUAAGGUCUGGGACCAGUCUUCAGUCUAAAUUGCAGCCAGAAAACCCGACUCCUCAUCAGUCUGCAGGAAAACACCAAACAAACUAUGGGAUUCUGCUGAAGGGGACCCUGUCGCCCACCCACUCGGCCACCGGUGGCACAGCUGGGCUUAGACCCCUCUGCACGGACACCCCAUCUCCAGGAGGAGGCAGGUGGCUGAGAGGCCCUAGCAGAGCCGCCACACCUUGGCGCCUCCUCCUCCUCCUCCGACACCUUCCUGCAGUCAUCUUUGCACUUUGUCACUCUUCCAGAGCAUUCAUAACACUUUUGUACUAGCUCGGCCUGGACACGUCCAUCCAAGAAAACUGACUUGGCGCCCUGUGGCUAGGACCCUAGUGACCAGAGACUUCAGGUCCUAGGGAGGUUGGCUUCCUCUUUUAAUCUCUCUCUCUCUCUCUCUCUCACUCUCGGGUUCUUUUCACUCUCUCUUUUUUUUUUUAAGACAACAGAAUUCUUAAUAGAUUUGACUAGUAUUUCCUGUCGUAGUCCUUUUUAGCUAGACCAGACCAUCCGGUCUUUGCCACUGAAACGUGUCGUAGACGAGUCCUUCGGUUGCUAGCCUCCCCCACCCCCACCCCAACCCCGGUCCGUAGGGUCAUUCUGUUUUGAGUCCAUCCUCCCCGGUGGCCCUGCGUCUCCCAGGGUGACAUCCUAGCCAAAUGUUUACUGUUCUCAUUGCCUUUUAUGGCCUUGACGACUUCCCCUCCCACCAGCUGAGAAUGUAUGGAGGUCAGCCGGCCUCAGUGCGGAGGCAGUGACUUGGGGCCAAGGGACCUCGUGGAGCUUUCCUCCCCACCCCUGGCCAUCAUCUCCCAGCCUGCUGCCCCCACUUCCAUGUCGCUUUGGCCAGGGAAGCAUGCACUAGACUUGCUCUGCACCCAGUGUCCGUGGCACUCUGGGCCGGGGUGUGAGUCCGAUCUGGGAUGGGGUGAGUCCCCUGCCCGGGAGCCCUGCAUGGUGGUUCGCUGCAUGUGCUGCCCCACCCUCCUGGCUGGCCCCCUUGGGUCGCUCUGCCAAUGCCUCGCCAUCAUACCACAGCUCCUGCCGAUGGAGCCCCUCUGCCGACUUGCCAAAUAUCUGGCCACCACAAGCUGCAGUCUGUAGCACUGAACAAACACAAAACAAAACGCUCACGCCUUAUGACCAGAGAAGGAUUUUGGCACACCACCACCUCUUACCCACUCUCCCCUCCAACUUCCAUGCUGCCCCUGUAGAUGACUCUGUGUGUACACACACACACACACACACACACACACACACACGCACGCGCCAGCCCAGUUUUACCCACACAAAACUGUGACUUCCUAAGUGGGCCUUUCCCUAGGACGCCGGAGAAAGGAGCCGCAGCUCAACUGCCCCCCUCUGCCGAGGUGGGGACGCCCUCCUAGGUGCAGUGCAGCUCCCCUGGCUCCUCUGCCCUCCACAGGAGGACAGCAUUCCUGGGGUGCAAGAACCCCCCUCGAGGUUUUACAUCAGGCAAGCUAACUAGCGGCCUUACUUCUGCCUUCAGUCUCCCACAAGGCACCUCUUGCUUUGGGUUCCCCAGGACUCUUCGGCAUGCCUCUACCAGCCAAGGCACACCCUAGGUACACUGAAGGCUAGAGCCGUCUCCACUGCAGCCAGUGACCUCGGCCACCUGUCUGGCCACAUGUCCACAGUGUGGCCGCGCCCCAGAUUGCAGCCUGGCCCCGACCCCAGCUCCUUCCUGCUCGUCUCUUAACCGAAGUGCUUUCUCAUCGGGAUCUCCCAAGACUCCUCCAUGCUGUGGCCCCUCCGGGAGCGUCCUGGCGUUGUGCUGUUAUGUGUUGCUUGGCGUCCUACCCCAUCCUCCCCUUCCACCCCCAGGGCAUAUUUGACCGAAUGUUUGCUGAAGUUCUUUGUCUCUUGGUCCACGAGUAUAUGGAACGGUCACUGAACAUGGGUCUUUGAGCCUUGGCAUCUCAUCUAGGGUCUCCAUGAGCAAUGGCCUCUUAAGCCCUGAGUGUGCACCCCGAGUCUCAUCUGUGAAGCGCUUCCCGCUAUAGAACUAGCUCAAAAAGUCGACUGUACAUAUUUACAAGAAACUUUAUAUUCGUAAAAAAAAAAAAGAAAAUAAGGAAAUUGAAUUGGUUUCUACUUUUUUAUUGUAAAAGGUGCAUUUUUUCAACACUUACUUUUGGUUCCCAACGGUGGUAGCCCGUGGAUGGCCGUCCUCCCUGGAUUGUGGUGGGGAGCCCCAUGUGACCACCAAGAUCCCAGCAGGAAAUACUGUAACACGAAAUGUCAGUCAAAAGCUUAUUAGCAUAAAUACGAUCUUAGGCCUCCAACGUACAGGCUUUUUCUUCAUUACCUUUUUUUAUUCAGAACAAGCGAGGGAACACAAGGAAAGUCCUGUCCGAGGUCCACCUUGAAAGGAAUGAACUUUGUUGUCCAACAAUAGCAAAAUAAAACAACCAACGAAAACGUU